GCUUUUAUUUUGAAAGCCGAGCUUUCGUGCUUGCAGGUGGUCGGCUGUGUUGCUAACAACAGUGAGCUAAAACAACGCAGUCUUCACGACUUAAUUCUGGACUUUCUUCGUGUCUCUCCGGUGUCCACAGCAGCAGCAACAACAACCUAGACAAACACACACCGCGAAGGCGCUAACAGCCGACUUUACCCGCCUCAUGGGCUUGUGAACCCGCUGUGUGCUAGCUGUUAAGCUAACAGCUAAGCUAACAGCUAAGCUAACAUGGCCGCCAACCCGCCCGGACCAGGCUUCCAGAACAAGACUCGGGUCGCCAUCCUGGCCGAGCUGGACAAGGAGAAGCGUCGGCUGCUGCAGAGCCAGUCCAUGAACAGCCCCGGAGCCAACAUCCCGCUGUCGUCCAGACCCAGCCUGAAGGAAGUGAGGGACAGCGCCGAGCAGCAGCACAUCGCCGCCCAGCAGAAGGCCGCCCUGCAGCACGCACACGUCCACUCGUCCGGCUUCUUCAUCACCCAGGACUCUUCGUUUGGAAACCUCAUCCUCCCGGUGCUGCCCCGGCUGGAGCCCGAGUUUUGACUCUGACAACCGUCACAGACACUGAUGGCAGCUCACAAACUGUUGUUCUGUUUUUUUUAAAUGUGUUCUUGUCCUGUAAUGACACAAUAAUUUAGAUUUUAACUGACAUAAUUAAACAUGGUAUUUGAACAUAAUAAGCGUGUUUGUAUCAGCAGGGAUUAGCAUAGGAAAGCUGUGUCCUCAUAAAGAAAUGACAUCCAUA